UAAUAAAUUAUUUCAUUUAAAAUAAUAAAAAUAAAAAUAUCUACCGAACCAAAGAGCUUUUUUCAAGCUAACUCAACCAACCCACCAAAAAAAAUAAAGAAAAAAAAAGAAACACACAAUUAUUCCUUUUUCUACUUAUUUAUCUUCACUAUUUACAUUACACCGGCAUAAUUAAUUUUCACAAAAUGGGUCUGUUUCUAGUGCUUGCUGUGUAAUUUCUUGCAGCUGAGCAUCGUUGAGAGCUUUCAUACUGUUAAUUUUGAGAAAAAACAGUGUAGUAGGCUCUCACACUAAACGAAGAGCUCUCGUUUGGGGAAGAAUUAGUUCUUCGAAAGCUGAGAUUUUUACAACAUAAUUUGUGGGAGUUUUGAGGGUUUCAGUGUCUGGGUUUUUGUGGUUACGUCGUAUAAUGCUGGGUUUUUUAAGGUUGUUUUAUGGGUCGGAGCCAAUCGGGGAAGUGCCGGCGAUUUGAUGGGAAAGAAGCUGUUCUUCACUCCAAACGUCGUCGUUUCAUGGAGUUGAGGAUGCGGUGCAACCGGUAUGCCGAGGUUUCUUCACUCCUAAGGUUUAAACUGAAUUUCGCUGCUUUUGUGAAGGUUCUACUAUUUUUGCUGCUUUUGGAAGCUGCAUUUGCAACGGCCGAAGCUUUUAGACUGCAAAGGCUGAGAGCAGAACUGAGCAAAGAUAAUAUAGAAAAACAUUCUUGCAUUCACGAACAGAUUAUUGAACAAAGAAAAAGACCAGGCCGAAAGGUGUUCACCGUGUCUACUCAGGUCUAUGUUGAACCCGAUGUUCAGAAGCCCCUCCAAAGGAAAGGAAGGGCUUUACUUAGUGUGCCUGAAUUAUCAAGAAAUGAAAUUGAUGCCAAGAAACCCAUUAGGAUUUAUUUAAAUUAUGACGCUGUUGGCCACUCGUCUGAUAGGGACUGCAGGAAUGUGGGGGACAUAGUGAAGUUGGGCGAGCCAAACGAUGCUUCCUUUUCUGGUGGUCCUUCGUGUGAUCCACGUGGGGAGCCUCCGAUUUACGGCGAUUGUUGGUAUAAUUGUACAGUAGAUGAUGUAGCUGGGGAGGACAAAAAGUACCGUCUUCGCAAGGCUCUGGGGCAGACAGCAGAAUGGUUCAGAAGCGCCUUAUCUGUUGAGCCUGUAAAGGGCAAUUUGCGGCUGAGUGGAUAUUCUGCCUGUGGUCAGGAUGGAGGGGUCCAGCUUCCCAGGGAAUAUGUCGAAGAGGGUGUGGCUGAUGCGGAUUUAGUUCUUUUGGUCACAACAAGACCAACCACUGGAAAUACUCUGGCAUGGGCCGUGGCAUGUGAACGGGACCAGUGGGGUCGAGCUAUUGCUGGUCAUGUAAAUGUUGCACCUCGCCACUUAACUGCUGAAGCAGAAACUUUGCUUUCUGCCACGCUGAUUCAUGAGGUUAUGCAUGUUCUUGGGUUUGAUCCUCAUGCUUUUGCUCAUUUUCGGGAUGAGAGAAAAAGAAGGCGCACUCGGCUUCUCGAUUCCCUAUAUCAACCUAAAAUGGCUUAUCCAUUAGAAGAAAGUUCAUGGCAGUCACUUGAAUAUGCUGUGUACUCUCUUUUCCCUUCGAUGGAAUCGCUGAAUUUAAGUCUCUGUGCAGGUGACGGAGCAAGUCAUGGACGAAAAACUUGGACGGAUGGUAACAAGAGUGGUUCUUCCUCGAGUUAUCAUGCACUCACGAUAUCACUAUGGGGUGAGCCCUCUCGCUCUUUAUGUAAAUUGCAUUUCACCCCAAAGAAUGUUAAGGAGCUUUUGGCUUUCUCCGAGAACUUCACUGGUUUGGAGCUUGAAGAUGGCGGUGGGCGUGGCACUUCCGGGUCCCACUGGGAGAAGAGACUCUUGAUGAAUGAGAUCAUGACGGGCUCGGUUGACACGAGAUCAGUAGUUUCUAGAAUGACACUUGCUCUGCUUGAAGAUAGCGGGUGGUAUCGAGCUAAUUACAGCAUGGCUGACCAUCUUGAGUGGGGUCGUAAUCAGGGCACUGAAUUUGUCACGUCUUCUUGCAACCAAUGGAAAGGAGCCUACCAUUGCAACUCGACUCAGUUUUCCGGGUGUACGUAUAAUAGGGAGGCCGAGGGCUACUGCCCUAUAGUGAGCUACAGUGGAGAUCUUCCUAAGUGGGCCCAAUAUUUUCCGCAGCCUAACAAAGGUGGGCAGUCAUCAUUGGCUGAUUACUGCACUUAUUUUCUGGCCUACUCUGAUGGUUCAUGCACGGACACUAAUAGUGCUAGAGCACCUGACAGGAUGCUAGGUGAAGUACGAGGAAGUGAUUCGAGGUGCAUGGCCUCAUCGUUAGUACGUAGCGGUUUUGUAAGAGGAUCUACUACGCAAGGAAAUGGUUGUUAUCAGCACAGGUGUCUAAACAACUCACUCGAGGUUGCUGUGGAUGGCAUCUGGAAAAUCUGUCCUGAAGCUGGUGGGCCCAUUGAAUUUCCUGGUUUUAACGGUGAGUUGAUCUGUCCUGCUUACCACGAACUCUGCAAUGUGGGCCCACUUUCUUCAUCUGGUCAAUGCCUUAAUUCGUGCCAGUUUAAUGGUGAUUGCAUCAACGGAAGAUGCCACUGCUUUUUAGGGUUUGAGGGUGAAGACUGUAGCAAGCGUUCUUGCCCAAACAACUGUGGUGGCCAUGGCAAGUGCCUCGAAGAUGGUGUUUGUGGCUGUGAAAAUGGAUACACUGGCAUCGACUGCUCAACAGCCGUUUGUGACGAGCAGUGUAGCCUACACGGGGGUGUGUGCGAUAAUGGGGUUUGCGAGUUCCGGUGCUCGGACUACGCCGGCUACAGCUGCCUCAACACCUCGACAGCCCUCCUUCCGGCACUCUCUGUCUGCCGGGAAGUCCUUCCGGCUGCCGGAAAACACUGUGCUCCGGCAGACCCCAGCAUUCUCCAGCAGCUCGAGCGGGUAGUCGUUAUGCCAAACUACCACCGUCUCUUCCCCGCCGGGCCCCGCAAGUUCCUCACUUACUUCCUCGGCAGAGGCGCCAGGCGGGACUGCGAUCGAGCCGCAAAGCGGCUUGCAUGCUGGAUAUCCAUCCAAAAGUGUGACAAGGAUGGGGAUAACAGGAUACGAGUGUGCCACUCGGCAUGCCAAGCGUACAACUCAGCAUGUGGGGCCUCCCUUGAUUGCUCGGACCAAACCCUGUUUAGCAAUGAUGACGAGGCCCAAGGACUGUGCACGGGCUGGGCCGAUUUCACGUCAUGGUUGUGACCCGGUUUGCAAGAUUCGGCAAAUUUAUGUAUAUUGUAGGGAAGCUUUUCGAGCCCAUCUUUAUUUUUUUUUGGCUCUUAUUUUUAGGUUUCCCGUUUUUGGGUGGGUAGGGUUUAGUAAAUUUGCUGGUUGGUUAAUUUAGUGUAGAUUUUUUUUUUUCUCAUUUUUCCCUUGCCUUGUGUGGCAAAAUAUGCUUGGGAGGGAACUAUUGUUGAAGCUGGGUUUUCGAAGAUGGAAGCCCAGAUGUAGAAAGUAUUAUUAUAUAUUAAAAAAGAAGGAACAAAUUGAAAAAAACAAAAAAAACAAAAAUUUAAAAGUGUAAAAGAGAGAAUUAUGUAAAACUUGGCCCAAGGCCUUUUGAUGAAAAUGUUAAAUUGUAUGGUCC